UGCUCUCCAAAUUGACCCAUCUGAGACCCAUUAAUCUCUAAUGGGCCUUCAAACAGAGAAGAUGGGAAUAUACACGGUCGUGUGCAGGAACAGCGGCAGAGAAUGAUCGGCAAAGACAUUGAGGGCCGCUGCUCGCUUCGUCUACCUUCGAGCUCAAGCGCAAGCAUCGUCCAGGUCCUCUGAUUCAUCCGGCGGCGUUCAGUCUUCAUUUUUCUCAUCUCUGCCCUACCUCCGCCGUGUGCCAGAUCAAUUCAUAUUUCCGUUCCCAAGGAGGACGAGAAGAAGAAGAAGAGAAAAGACUAAUAACUUAAAAUAGGCAGCCCAAGUUGAUAAGCCCCCAAUAUAGUUUCACUGCCUUUAGUCAGAACCGUUUCGAUUCCACUGCGUCACAUCUCUCUCAGAUCUCUCGGUGAGAACUGAACAUGUUCACGGCGGCGAGCGCGGGAAAGUGGCGGACAGCUUUUCUCUCUCUCAGGGACGAAAUCUCAACCACUCCACAGCCACCUGUUCCUCGUUUGCUUCAGGAUCUAAUCUUCUCUCACUCCAAUUCCCUGCUCUCUGCCGUCUCUCUCCUCCCACCCCACGAGCUCACUUCUGACUGCUUGUUCCUUCUCGAUUUGGUUUCCAAAGCUGAUGGUCCUGACUGGAUCCCCGUCUCUCUUCAUACUUGCCAGCUGAUACACGAUGUUUGUGCUCGUGUACUUGUGCAACAAAACUCAUCGUCAUGGCCGCUCUUUCUUCACUCUUUUGCUUGUGUCUUGGAGUUUCUUCUGCGCCAACCAAUGCCUUCGCCCCGUUCCACGGCAUAUUCCUCCAGAGUCGAACCUGUGAUCCAAUGUUUCGAGACUCUAAGACGUUUGGCCGCUCUGUACCAGAGAAAUAGCUCCCAUCCGGAGAACAUUCACCUUGUCAAGUUUGUCCUGCGCAUUAUUCCGUUCCUACACCAUGAUUUAGUUGCAUCUUAUGGUUGCUCAAAUCAAGAACCUACCGGGAAAAAACUGCUAAGCUUAUGGGAUGCCAUGGCUCUUGCCUUUGACAUGUUUGGUGGAGCCUUUUCUGUCUCUGGGUCUUUGUUUCCUAAUGACGUCUGUCAAUCCACCCUGGAGGUUCUAAGGAAAGUAAUGGACGUAUUAGCAUCCAAGGGGCAGCUUGUCGAAGACCGAUCUAUGUGGCGCUUCUAUUCAUGCCUUCUUGACUGUGUGCACGUGGUCCUUACAAAUAUCAAAUGUCCGGUUUCUGAUCAUGUCUCAAGUUUCAUAGCGGCAUUGAGAAUGUUUUUCUGUUUUGGACUUAAUGGCCCACCUCAGUUCUCUCAUCCUGAUGUUGUUCGCAAGGAUAAGCAGUUAAAUGUCAAGCUUUCCCCAUUGAGAUCUGGAGUAAGUAAGAACGCCAAUGAUACUCCUUAUAGGCCACCCCACUUGCGCAAGAGGGAUGAUUUGAACUCUAAGCUUCCAGAGUCUUGCGACUGGCGGCGGCUGUCUGCUCAGGAUUCUGCUAGUUCUGAUGUUAUAUUAUCAGAUUCUGAUUUUAGUGACAGUGACGGAUCCAUUAGGGAUUCUUAUAGCGCCCAAAGCUCUAAGGUCAGGAUAGCUGCGAUUGUUUGCAUACAGGAUCUUUGCCAAGCUGAUUCAAAGUCAUUUACCACUCAGUGGAUGACCCUCGUGCCAACCAAUGAUGUACUGAAGCCAAGGAAGCUUGAAGCUACUCUUAUGACCUGCUUGCUUUUUGAUCCUCAUUUGAAGGUAAGGAUAGCAUCUGCGUCAGCUCUUUCCACCAUGAUGGAUGGGGCUUCAUCUAUUUUCCUUCAAGUAGCAGAGUACAAGGAAUCCUCUAAGUAUGGAUCGUUCACGCCCCUCUCAAAUUCCCUUGGUCUGGUAUUAAUGCAACUUCACACAGGCAUUCUACAUUUGAUUCACCGUGAUAAUCAUGGUAGAUUGUUGAUUCAGCUGUUCAAGUUUCUCUUGCUGCUGAUAUCGAGCACACCUUACUCGAGAAUGCCAGGAGAAUUGCUGCCAAAAGUUAUAAUGUCUCUGCACGCUAGGAUUACUGAGGGGUUUUCCUUCAAAAAUGAUCAAACUGGUCUCCUGGUUGCCGCAAUAGGUUGCCUGACAGCUGCAUUCUCUACCUUUCCUCCUCAGAUGAAUGUACAUAAUAUGCUUUUGGAUGAGACAGCAGCAGGAUUCGACGGAAGUGAAAGGAAGUCGGGAGUUAUUUUUACUUUAUUUCGUUUUGCUGAGCAAUAUUCUGACGCAUCGACAUGCAUUGAGGCUCUUCAGGUUCUCCGAGCUAUGGCUCUCAAUUACCCAACAAUAGUGUCAGCGUGUUGGGAACGGGUCUCUGUCCUCGUGUAUAAACUUUUGCAGUUUGCUGUUGUUGAAGAUCCUGCAAAGACAUGGAAGGCUUCAGUUAAAGAGCCUGUUGGAUAUGUUGGGGAUAAAAUUCUCACAGCUGCUAUUAAGGUUCUAGAUGGAUGCCUUCGCGCAAUAUCUGGAUUUAAGGGAAAUGAGGAUCUUCAUUUUGAUAGAAUAAUCGAUACACCUUUUACAUCUGACUGCAUAAGGUCAAUAAGAAUUUCAUCUGCACCAUCAUAUGGAUUUGAGAAUCCUGAAAUUGCUCAAGAGCAACUCUCUCAGGCAGGGUGUUACCAAUGGUCUGAGGCUAUUCGUAAACAUAUAGUUCUGGUGUUACACAGUGGUUCUGCGGUGGUGAGGAGCACUGUGGUCACUUGCUUUGCUGGUAUUACGUCAUCCGUAUUUGUCUCUUUCAGUCAGCAGGAAAGGGAAUUUGUUACUUCAUCAAUUAUAAACGCUGCAUUGCAUGACAAAUCACCUUCAGUCAGAUCAGCAGCCUGCCGAGCUAUUGGUGUAGUUUCAUGUUUUCCAGAAACUUCUUUAAGUAUUGGGAUAUAUGAAAAGUUUAUCUUGGCUGUUGAAGCGAAUACCCGCGAUCCCUUGAUUUCGGUGCGUGUAACAGCAUCCUGGGCUUUGGCCAAUGUAUGUGAAGCUCUGCGUUACCGUGUCAAUGAUACGUCCUUUGGAGUAGGAUCAAAUACAACUUCACAAGUCGUGGACUCGCUCAUAGAAUGUGCUUUGCGCCUUACUGAGGAUGGGGACAAGGUCAAAGCAAAUGCAGUUCGAGCACUGGGGAGUAUUUCUAAAUAUGUAAAAUUGAGAUGCAUGACAAGUAACCACGAUGUUUUACCUUCCGUCCAUCACCAUUUAUCUGGCGCGGUAGAUUCAACCUGGUUGGAGAGAACCGUGCAAGCAUUUCUUUCCUGUGUUACUACUGGUAAUGUUAAGGUUCAAUGGAAUGUUUGUCAUGCGUUAAGCAAUUUAUUCUCCAAUGAGACAGUGAAACUACAAGAUAUGGAUUGGGCUCCAAGUGUUUUUAGCAUUCUACUAUUGCUGCUUCGUGAUGCAUCGAACUUUAAGAUAAGAAUACAAGCUGCUGCCGCUUUAGCUGUCCCUGUAACCCCACUUGCUUAUGGGAGAUCAUUCCCUGAUGUUGUCAAAGGUGUGUGGCAUACGUUACAGAAUCUCAAUUCCGACAGAGAGACGACUCCAACAAAUUUCAAAUAUAAGAAAUCACUUGAGAAUCAGUUAACCUCGACCAUGCUGCAUCUCCUUAGCUUAGUUUCAAGCGGUCGUUGUGAAGCGUUGACAGAUUUUCUUCUAAAAAAAGCCUCUUUUCUAGAGGAGUGGUUAAGAGGAUUGUGUGUGACACUGAAGGAGGAAGACAAUGCGUCUGGAUCAGGCAGCACGAGCACUUCUGGUGAGAAGCAGAAAAAAGAGUUGAUCUCUAGAGCUAUACGGUCACUUGCCAGAAGCCUAGAGGCUGGACAUAACCCGGAAAUGGCUCUAAAGUUGCAAGAGUUAGAUAGCAACUUGAAUUGACUUAGCAGGGGCUACGUUUUGGGGUUAUCUUCUUCGCCAUGUUGUAACUCUAGUUAAUGUAUACAAUUCAACAAAUGUACAUUACCUCCAUGACAAAUUUUGUUAUACUACCAUGUAUACAUAGAUAUAGCGUUGGCCGAUAUAUAUGACCUCUGAAAAUAUUAUAGAAACUUAUUUUGUUGCUAGAA